GAAUUGCUCCAGUAAAAAGCACUGAGGAGACAGUGGCGAUUUCAUUCACAGUAUUGAUAACCUGUAAAAUCAUCGAUUCUGUACGGACAAUGUUUUAGUUCAAUUUAGUCAAUACUGUUUGUUUUAAAUGCAUUUUUGACAUCCUGUUACACGUAUAUUAACAGAAUACGUUCUAAUAAUAGCAUAUAUAUAUUCCCUGCGAAUUGGAUAUUUUAAAUGAACGCUUGACCACAUAAGCGAUUCUUCUUGACCAUUAAAUGUUUAUUGAAAUAUGUUUACCUGCCAAGUGCAUCAGUUAACACAGAGUGGAAAAAUCAUUACUCGUGUGCAGUACAAUCAACACACCAGAACUAUGUAUUUCCAUAGUUUCAUUAAGGCUUUAACAUGCCACACAUCACUGUAAUCUGCAUUGUGAAGUUUUCAACAUGUCAACUAUCCAAGGAUUUUUUUUUUAUCUACCUCUUCAAUACACAGGGCCGAACAUUUUUAUUAAAUUAAUAAUAAGCUAAAUUAACAUCAUAACCUAGGUCGACCUAUGAAAACAAUCCUUCUUAUAUGUUUUAUUUGCAACACCUAACAUUUAGGAACAGACUAUGCAUUUAUAAAUAAAUUUAACGUUUAGAUUUUCUUGUUAAACAUAAUGGCAGAUCGAUAAUUUGAGAAAAAGCAGUCGUUCCCUAAACUCUGGUGUUAAGACUUUCAGUAUUAAUGACUAGACUUUUCUGUCAUAGACAUAUUCAUUUUAGAAGAAGUGUAAUACAAAACAGCAUGGUCAAAAGUAUGCAUUAACCUUGUAGAAUAACUGAUAGGAGCAACGUCCUAAUAGAACAAACAUAGGCUUUUUCAUGCUGUUUUGAUACUUAAUGAAGUUGCAUUUGAUGUUGAUUUAAAUCAAAUGUUGCUUUGUAAUAUUUGCAGCCUGCAUGCUUGUGGCUGAUCAAAACAGCAGGCAACGACAAUUAACUACAGUCAAUAUCUCGUUAAUGCCAGUCAAUAAAAUCUUACCUACAAUUGAAAAAAAUAUCCGUAAUUUUAACGGUGAAAGAAUGUAAAAAUGCUACAGUAAAACAUUGGAAAAUUGGUUAAGAGGUAGUUACUACAUAUAUCGUAAAUGAUAAUGUAUUUAACAAUACAUGGCGCAUACUGUAAAAUAUUGUAAAAAAUAGUCAAAUGUAUUAACUUUACUGCAUAACGUAAAAAGGUUAAACAAGAGAAUACAUGUGCUUUUUACGGUAGACUAUUGUGAAAAUUAUGGUGAAAAAAAAAAUAAUCAGGCUAGUUAUGAUUCUUCUUAUUUUGUAAGAUCAGUAAUUAUAUUGGGGUGAUCUGUGUUAUAUUUUCUAUAGUUUAGUAAUAUUUAUUGCAGCGUUGUAGUGCUACUUUUGUUAACCUGCAGUGUUUUGUGUUUGAGUGGGUGAGACUGUGCACUGUCUCUAUACGUGUGUAUUAAUUAUGUCUCAAGAAAGGGCCACUUUUGAUGAACUUAAAGUGAUCAUAUGGCAUUUAGUAGUUGUCACGUCCGUGGUGAUUAACACCAAAUUUGAAAGUGAAAAGCAGGCUUUAAUAUUUCUGUAAGGUAUAUCAAGUUACAAUGUGGCUGGUCAGAUAGUGUGUAGUUUUAAGAAGUUUUAUCCUAUGAGAAUAUUUAUUUAUUUAUCUAUUUUUCUGUAUGAACAAGGAGACCCUCUCGAUCAUGUUAAGGUUCACUCCUAAACAUUCAUUUUAUGAGAUAAAACGAUUGGGCAUAUCCUUACGGAGAGUUUUGCAACAGUGCUAAUGUUGAAUAUUAAGACAUUGUAAACUAUCCCUCACGGGAUUAAUUUUUACUGCUGCUAAUAGCGGAGCAGGGAUAUGAUAAUCUCCUUGUUGCUGAUGUGUUGAGAAACUGAAGACAUUCUAGGAAAAAAAGGUAAACACAGAGAGUGUGGACAAGGAUGGUACUGAGCCUGCUCAACAGAGGACAAGUCUGGUGUUUGCCAAUAUGAGGGAGAACUGUGUUAAUGUGCUGAGAUGUAUUUAAAGCGAACGGCCCUAAAAUAAUAACAGUGAGUUGAUGUUUCACUUUAAACUGUAAUAGAUGACACAUGUCUUUGUUGAGGUCAGGUGUGGCCACAGAUGCCAAACAACACGCUUAUAAAUGAAUGAAACUGCUUAUAUAUAAAGGCAAUAUACGCAUUGUUUUUAUUAAAUGUACGUCACGUCAUAGACGUUCACUAGCUGUUGAUAGUAUGUGGCAUAGAAUAGAAUAGCAUAGAAUACAGGCCCGUGUUGUGUUAUAAAACAUUUCCCCAAAUUAAUUACAAUGUAGCAUUCAAUGCACAUUUUCAGAGAUAUUUUUCAGUAUCUCUGUGGUUCCUGCACACACACACACACACACACACACACACACACACACACACACACACACACACACACACACACACACACACACACACACACACACACACACACACACACACACACACAGUGUUGGUCUACCUAACAUUAUGAGGACUUUCAAUAGACAUAAUAAUUUUUAUACUGUACAAACUAUAGAUUAUAUCCUCUAAACCCAACACAACCCCUAAACCUAACCCUCAAAAAACCUUUCUGAAUUUUUACAUUUUCAAUAAAACAUCGUUUAAUAGGUUUUUUAUUCUAUUGAAAUUAUGGGAACACUAGAAUUGUCCUCGUAAACCACAUAAACAUGCCCCCCCCCCCCACACACACAUAUAUUUAUACAUACAUACACACACACACACAUACACACAUAUAUUUAUACACACACACACACACACACAUAUAUUUAUACACGCGCACACACACACACACACACACACACACACACACACACACACACACACACACACACACACACACACACACACACACACAUAUAUAUAUAGCACUGCGCCGCCGAUGUGUUAACUUAAAUUCAGUUUAAUGUUGAAUUAGGUUUAGGGUUGAAUUAACUUUAAGCUUUGUCCUUUUGAUGUAAUUGUUCCGAUGUCCUGAUUAAUUGGUGUGGUUUUCCUGAGCUAUCUCCCUCUAUAGCACUAUUUAUUGCACAAAAGCUCUGUUUAUAGUAGUGGGUGUGGUUUGCAAAAAAUAAAACAUUAUGAAAAAAAAAUAUAACGUUGACAAGAACACUGUUACGUCACUUGUUGUGUGUUUAUAUAUGGUGUUAUCGGCCCUGUUGCUGAAGCACAACGGCACCAUAACCCUGAUUUAAUUCAAAUUCUGAAGGGGUCAAAUAUUUCUUGCGUAUGGCCAAGAUGCACAGUGAAUGCUGAGAUGUUACGUUAUUCCAAUCGUAAUUUAAAAUGUCUAGCGCAAUAAGCUGCACGCAUAAUGGACGAUUGUGUACUUUAAUAAAGCAACAGAGUGAAAAAGGACUAAUCUUGUUUAUUUUAUGUAUGUGUGAGUGCGAAGUAAGCGCCUGGUUGGAAUAUUACAGCGGAGUCGUUCACGGUCCUCGCCAGAGGCAGUAUAUCAGGCCAAUAAAAAUCAAAGCUGCCUGAUGUAGUAUUUUAUUAUAGUAUUAAAGGACCAAAAAAGUUCAAAUAGUUUCUUCCAUAAAUACAAGGGGAUUGCCGCACGGUGGUGUUUAAUACCCUCGUUAAGAAAAAAAAUAAAUACUGUUAAUUUUCCAAUAAAGCGGUUCAUUAUCUCAACGUACUCCUUUUACUCCAUGAAGGAAGAUGUUUGCCUGCUUGGCGGUUUAGAAGUUUAAACAGAUGAGAGUAUAAAAUAAUUUAGAAAAAAAUAAAAUAAAACAAACAAAAAUAAAAUGAAUAAAUUAUGGUUUGGUGAACUUUGCAAGCGCACGUCACUGUCUCCAUUUGUGAAGUUAUUUGUAGUCUUGUUAAAUAUAUCGAUAAAGCGUCCUGAUAAUAUAAUAAUAGUUGUCAUGUUUAAUAAUAAUUGUUUUAUCAAGUAAAUAUGAUCAAGCUCCCCUUCAGCACUUAUGCUAUAUAACACUGAAUAAUGCAUACAUUCACAGAAAAAAAUUCUUUCACUUAUUUGUAGCUUAUUGUCACGCAUAUGCAUUUUAAUACAUGCCAAAACGUUUCAUAAUUAAAGUUGCCAUUUUCUCGACUGCUUGUAGAUAUCUGAAGAUAUAUGGACACAAUCCCAUUUUGCAUAUUGCAUAAACAAGACAAUUUAUUUAGACUAUGGGAAAUACAGAGAGCACAAGAGGAGGAGAGCUCUGUACAGCCUGUUGGCGGAUUGAUUUACACCCCAUUGACGCUUUAUCAGGCUCGCGAAAAAAGUCUGACCAAUCACUUCGCUCAGAGCGCACACCAUAGAAGCCCGGCUCUACUUUGUUGGCGAGCGAGUACCGUAGAAGUACCGUAAAGAGGGAAGUAAAACACAUUUUUAUGAUACAUGUUUUCCGUUCAAUGAACAGUACGUUAUAUAAUGUCCGAGAAUGUCCAUUUCUGGAACUCUAAGCAACUAUUUUGUCGAUUCUAUCAUAAGUCAUGAAGGAGAAGACCCGAACGCGUCUCGCUUCUCCAGUGUACAGUACUCCAGCGCCAGACCGCCGGGAUCCGUCGAGCAUCCAGAGUUUCCCUCUUGUAGCUUCCAGCCCAAGCCUCCUGUGUUUAGUUCUUCAUGGAGUCCAUUCAGUUCCCACGCGUCCAAUGGCUUACCAGCGGUCUACCAUCCCUACAUACCGACGCAGCCUGUGCCUUCCACGGAUACCCGAUACCUCCGCACAUGGCUCGACUGUGCCCCGAGAGCAGAGCCACUGCCUGGGCAAGGACAGGUCAAGAUGGAGCCGCUCCUGGGACAUCUCGGUGAACCACCGAAACUCGGUGGGCAGCAUGAAUACAUCUUGGAGUCGUCAACAGCACGGGAGAUGAAUUCUGGUCACAGCGUCGGAUUCGAAGACAAUAAGGACGUAUGCGAUAGCGAGGACAAAGAGGGACCGGAUCAAAACGACCCAUCGGCCAACUGGUUACACGCUCGAUCUUCCCGGAAAAAACGAUGUCCAUACACUAAAUAUCAGACCCUGGAGCUUGAGAAGGAAUUUUUGUUCAAUAUGUACCUCACCCGGGACCGGAGACACGAAGUAGCUCGCCUGCUGAACUUGACAGAGCGACAAGUAAAAAUUUGGUUCCAAAACCGAAGGAUGAAAAUGAAGAAAAUGAAUAAGGACCAGCCGAAAGAAUGAUAAUGCAGACUCGUGCCUGGAUUUCAAGUAUAUGUCUGUUAAAUCUGGAAGCUGAUGCAAGAGUGUUUUUACUGCAUCAAUAAGACACACACACACACACACACACACACACACACACACACACACACACACACACACACACACACACACACACACACACACACACACACACACCACUAUGCGAAUGAACUGACAGCAUUUAACAGACUGUAAGGGAGAGGUGAGAUGACGCAGAGGGCGAAAACGUUUUGCCAUAUCUCCCUUGAAAGCUACUUUUUAUGACUUGUGAAAGAAACAAACACUUCACCGGGAUAAAAACUGGUGAUAAGGAACUGGUUCAACAAGGUUACGAGGAAUUGAACAUAUUGUGCUUUGUAAAGUUGGUCUGUCUGGUUUUGCAUUCCUUGUUUAUCAUUCCUUUUAUAAACGCUUAUAGAAGAUGUAUUUAACAAACAUCAUUAAUACAAAAUAAAAUAAAAUAAUUUGCUUAUCUGUAGGCCUACAAACGUUCACGUGGAAAUGUAUCAACCUGAGUUCUGUUUACAAAAUGAUAAUGGUUAUUGUUUUUAUUGUAAGAGUCAAGUAAAAAAAUUUGAUGUAUUUGGCAUUUACUUUAUUUUAAAGCAAAGUCUGCUCUAAAAUCUAUCUUUAUUUUAACCAUAGCCUGGAGAUUCGUUCGAUAGUUAUUGUAUCAUUCAUUUCAAAUAAUGAAUUAUUUAAACUCUGAACUAUGUUGUAUUGCCUGAACAUUAGGCUACUGCGUUCAUGGUAAAUAUCUCGAUUUAACGCUUGCUUAAAAUAUGGGUUAAAAACUGUUUCUAUGAGUAAUACAUAACGAAAAGCAACAACUUGUAUUAGACUUCUGGAUCGGAGUGUCGCCCGCUAUAUUUGUAGUGUGCCAGUAACCAUUGAAUUCAGUCGGUCUUAAAUGUUUAACAACCUUUAAUUCGGCCGCAAUUAUGAAUUCAGUUGUUUACAUAAAUUUGCGCAUGCCUCGUUAUAGUGUAGUUUUCUUAUGAACGUGUUUUUGAAAAAGAUAGUAGCCUAUUAAUUCAAAGCUGUUUUAUGUGUGGUAUUAGGAUUGUAAUUUUAAUUUAUUGUAAAUACUUUAAUAGCCUUGUUUCUUUAAACGUAAUGUGUUUUUUUGUCAAAUAUUUUUUACACUUCAAAACUACACUUGAAAGAGGAGAUAGAAGUAAUCUUUUAAUGUUCAUAUAUUGUUUUCACUUUCCAUAUAUGUCCAGAAUUCAUUAUGUUGUUUGUAUUGUCAAUGAUGUUUUCUUUUUGAAUUGUCUCGUUCCUCCAUAUUGAUUGGUUUGUUCAGAGAAUGUGUAACACUGUGGUUUGACUUUACUCUGAUGCCGAGCACGUUGCUCUUAAAAUUGCAAACACUCUUAAUUGCAAGUGGCUAUUAACCUAACUCUUUCCCACCUUUGACAUAUCAUACCCCUGCCUCUCUCUCUCUCUCUAGCUCUCUCUCUCUCUCUGGCUCGCUCUCUUUCUCUCUAAGACACGCACGCACUCACACAAAACACCACGCUCAUUGUUUUAUUGUCUCAGUACAUUUCAUGUAAGUCAAGAAAUAGUACCGCAAGAUUAUGAUGAUCAUGCACCUGUUUUAACUCGAGUCAACAAAACAUCUGAAUAGUUUGGACACUACUUUGUUGUUGUUAACCUGUGCAAUUGCACGGCUGAUGCUGGACUGAAAUUAAAAGUUUACAAAG